GAUUUUGAUGAUUUAUCAGAAACAGAUAUAAGCAGUGAGGAUCAGCAUCAUAACAUCAAGCCUGACCUUAUGGAAGAGGAGCUUAAAUCCAGGUUAUUUCAGCUCGCUGCUAAAAUGAGUGACAAGGAAACAUCUUCUGGUGAAGAACAAGAGUCAGAACCUAGAAGAGAUGCUGAAAACCAAAAGGAGAGUUUGUCUUCAGAGGAAAAUGGCAGAAGUAUUCAGGAAGAGUUAAAGAAGAAGUACUCUGCUGUCUCUCUCUGCAACAUAUCUACAGAGGUCCUGAAAGUCAUCAAUGCCACUGAAGAACUGAUAGCAGAAUCCACUGGUCCCUGUGAUUUCCCAGCUGACAUUCAGGACAGAGAAAGAGGGACGUUCCCACUGGGGACGGACCCCGUCAGACUUGAUGAGCAGCUCACCACACUGGAAGAAAAUGUGUACUUGACAGCCGGCACGGUGUACGGGCUGGAGGGACAGCUGACCAACCUGGAGGACGCCGCACGCAAGAUCAACAGUGUUACCGCAGAAUCUGAGCUGGCUGAUCUGGAGGAUCAGGUGGCCACAGCAGCCGCCCAGGUUCAUCACGCGGAGCUUCAGAUUUCAGAUAUUGAGAGCAGAAUAUCAGCUCUCACUGUUGCAGGCUUGAACGUGGCUCCAUGUGUUCGCCUGACAAGGAAACGGGAUCAAAAGCAAACAAACCAGAUGCAUACAAUAGACACAUCAAGACAGCAGAGGAGAAAACUUCCAGCUCCACCAAUAAAAGGUGAAAAAAUAGAUGGUUCUCCAGUUACCACUGUCAGAACGUUUAACAGAAACUUCAUGCUUCAAGGAUCUCUAACUCAAAGAACUAAAGAGAGGAAAAGCACUGCCAAGGACUUAAUGGAACCUGCUAUAGGAUCUGCUGUGAUGUACUAA